UUCAUACUGAAAAAUUUAGGAAAAGUGCUGAGAACGUAAAUUUGUGCGUAUAGAAUGAUUCCUAAUUAAUUUUUCGCAAUUUAGAAAUAUCAUGCUCCGUCGAAGUUCUCGUUAAUGAAAGAGACCGGUGAAAACUUUGAAGCCAGCAGCGGUCCAACCAUGGGCACGGCCAUGGCCUAACCUCAAAAUUUUUGUAUUUGGAAAAAUAAAAAUGCUGGUGGUGGUGAACUUAUCAAACCUUUGUAUCAAACCCAUGCCGUGUUUUUCCCUGCUUUCAUGGUGUCUUCUAUCUAUGAACACUUAAUUCAAAUGUCUCACUCUUUGUAAGUUUCCUCCCGUCUUUAACAUACGACCAGAAUCUUUAUUUUGGUUACAUUGAGGACUAGUGUUACUUACCUGUAGCUGAAGCAGUGGCUUUGCUGCGCUAAAUCUAACAGUUUUCCUGUUGCGACAGGGCAUUUUUCUAAAUUCAGAAUGAACAUAUCGUGGAAGUGUUUUCUUCCCAAUCUGCUGUCCUUUCUAGGACGCGAACUGAAGAAGUUGGAAACAGGUGGAGAAGCAACCAGCUCUGUCAAUGCACCAGAGUCUGUCAAAUCAACGUGUACUGUACUAGCCGCUCAACUCGCUGAUAAAGUUACAACCUUACUUUACAUUUUGUCACAACCUGAAAAACCUGAGGUGGAAGUGGUUGGUCCAAUUUUAGAUGAAAUAGAGAUUUUCGCGACCAAACUGAUUUAUGCAUUUUACUCCCUACCUAAAGACAGUGGGCUCACCCUCAGAAAACAGUAUCAUCAAGAUGUUUUAAGAGUUAUUGAAGACUUGAUUGGAGUGUUGGAAGCUCUGGAAAAACUUGAAUAUGUCGACCAGUCAUCCUUGAGGAUAGUAGAUUGUUUAACGAAAUCCUGCAACGAUAUUCAACGCAGUCCAGAUAAUAAUUUAGAUGCGGUAUGCCGCAUGGUAGAGGCUGAAGAAUCAUUGGUGUUAGAUGCACUAGAAGAAGUGACCAUGGCAUUUGAUGAAGCAACGCAACCUUGUGAUGAAACAGAAAUGAUCUGGAAUAGUGAAGAAAUGGAAAUUGUGCCCUCUGGCAUAGGUUUAAUCAAAACAGCCAGGUGUUUGUUGAAAAAAAUUAGAUCGUCGCUGAAAAGCAAUGGCAAAUGUAGCUCUGAAAAAGAAGUGACGCAGCUGGACAACAUUGCUACUAAUGUGACAAAAUUUAGUUUGGUCAUCGAUGAUUUUGUCACAACUUUGUAUCCACCUGUAAAUGAAUCAACGUGUAUUCAAACUAGCAACAAUGUCCUCGAUCUUGUAAGCUCGACCUUAGAACUUGUCAAGGAUGGGCAUUUCAUGAAGGAGGAGGAUUCGAACUGGCACUCCUUUUUGGUGAAAGCAUUGGAACAUAAUCACAAGAAAUUACUAGAAUCAACUACUGCUGUAACAGGCAAGCUGACAGAUUUGCAGUUGUCUUGAAGUGUCUCCUUGAACUCAUGGUCUGCAGCCGGCUCUGCAGAAAUGGGAUUUCUAUGUCCCGCCGUUUGUUAUCAUGUUUUGUACAGUUUUUGUUUUAAGUAAAAUGUUUGUAAGUUCUCUGUAAGAAA